GCCAAACGCCGAGAGGAGGAAACUAAACCAGCCAGUAGUUGCCCCGUGUGCACCGACCUCGUCUGCACUGGCGUGAGCGGCGGGAGAGGGAUGUACCUAGCAGUACAAACAAGCCGGGGGACCCAGAGUUCCCGGCACAGCGGGGACGCGCAUUCACGAGGACACGCGCGCCGCCGCGUCUCCUGGACCUCUAUCGUACAGUGAAGAACAAGGUCCUUCCGACGGUCUCGAAGGUUUUUCCAAAGGUUUUUAAUUUUUUUUUUUUGGACGUAAGAAGACAGAUCAUGGACGAUCUCAUCAACAGCCAUGGGACACAUACCAACCGGUCUACGGUAUUCAACUCCACCUGCCGCUUUGAUGAGGAGUUUAAGUACAUCUUGCUGCCCUUGUCCUACAGCGUGGUGUUUGUAGUGGGCUUGGUUCUAAAUGCCAUGGCGCUGUGGAUGUUCCUGAGGAAGAUGCGUCCGUGGAACACCAGCACAGUUUACAUGUUCCACUUGGCCCUGUCAGACUUCCUCUACGUCCUCUCCCUGCCCACCCUCAUCUAUUACUAUGCCAAUCGCAGCCACUGGCCUUUCGGUGUGGCCACAUGUAAGGCGGUGCGCUUUCUGUUCUACGCAAACCUCUACUGCAGUAUCCUCUUCCUCACCUGCAUCAGCGUGCACCGUUACCUCGGCAUCUGCCACCCCAUCAAGUCCCUGACCUUGGUGAAGCCACGCCACGCCCACCUGGUCUGCUGCCUGGUGUGGGCCGUGGUGUCAGUGUGCCUGGUGCCAAACAUCAUCUUCGUCACCACCUCCAGGAGGGACAAUGACACGCUGUGCCACGACACUACCAGCCAGGAGGCUUUUGAAGAGUAUGUGGAUUACAGCUCUGUUGUCAUGGUGCUGCUGUUUGGUAUCCCCUUCUUGGUCAUCGUGGUGUGUUACUGCCUGAUGGCGCGAGCUCUGUGUCGGCCCAGGCGGGGGUUAUCAGCCAGCCAGCAGGCUUCUUCCUCCCGCCAGAAGUCCAUCAAACUGAUCAUAGUAGUGCUGGUGGUGUUUGCUGUUUGCUUUGUGCCAUUUCACAUCACACGGACCCUCUAUUACACCGCCCGUGUGCUGGAGAUGAACUGCGAGUUUCUGAACGUCGUCAACUUCACUUACAAGAUUACCAGACCGCUGGCGAGCGUGAACAGCUGCAUCGACCCUAUUCUGUAUUUCCUAGCAGGGGAUCGCUACCGCUCCAGGCUGAUGGCAGUUCUGACGGGGAAGAGACAGACUACCGGCAGCCCUUCAGCUGACAAUGUCCGAACACGGCCUUACAAUAAGCACGCGAUUGCUCUGGUCUACAAGGACCCAGAUCUCAAAGCCAGUGGAGAGGCUGAGAGCUAGAAGGAAAAACUCUUGUGUUGUGUUGCCCAUGUACCACACUCAGUUGUAUUGAGGACUCUUGAUCUGGACACAGCUAACAUGUCUGGCACCACAGUUACAUACCGUUUGGUUCAUUUCCUUAGUGUGAGAACUGGACAGAUAAAUUUCUCCUAAAAAUCAUAUUCAUGCAUUGUCACUACACCAAAUCUGUAUACAACACGUAGAUGUGUCAGUGUUCACCCACUUUCUUGUGGCUACAGUGUUUGUAGGACUGAGUUCAGAUUGUUUUAAACAGAGAAACAAAAGGGUCUCUGUAGCCCUUAUCCAGUUCUUGCCCUCCUAUUAGUACCACAAAUGAAUACUUAGUCUGUUAAGUAUUACAGUGUAAUACAUAUAAGCUACACGCAGAGCUAGGUGAAGAACACUGUGCCUUUGUCGCCAAGACUUUGACGAGUCAUACAUGCUAUGAAAAGUAAAUAAGAAAUGAUCAUCGUUUUGAGAUAAGACUGGUGUUCCGGAGGAAUUAAAAGUUGCAAGGGGCCAAAAAAAAUCCUUUAACUAAACGUUUAACAAACUUGUCAAAGCAAAGGUGGCAAGCAUCAUCUUGCUAUUGCUUCAGAUAUGAGGCAAAAGGGAUGCAACCCUUUCUUGUGUUGCUGACAACAACAGCGAGAGUCACCCAGAAACUGCAUUAACAGCCAGCGGAUCUCGGUUCCAGCUGUUUCUGUCCUUUGGCUUCCACAGCUCUGCAGCUGUCUGUCUCACCAUUGUGGGGGAAGCCAAAAAAGAGGAGGGACCGACGUCUGUUGGCGGGACGUAGGCUGGAGAAGAUGUUUUCCAUUCAGGCGGCCCACGCCUCAUUAGAAAGUGAACGAGAAGGGAUUUUUUCUGCACUGGGACUGAAAGAUAAGACAUUAAAUGACAUUUUCCUUCGACGGUCCGGACUAAAUGUCCUAACGGCUUUGCAACAUGUGAGGGCAAAGUCGGAAAGUUUUACGUCAUGCAAUCACGACAUUGGUGUUGGUGUUAUUUCUGUAUGUGUUCACAGGGGCACGCACAGCUCCCAGGUCAGUGGAUCAGAAGAGAUCUCAAGUCUGCACCAUGUAAAAGUCUUAACUUUUUGCACCUUGUUGGUGUUAUUGCUGUUAUCUUACACCACGUCUGUGAGGUAUUUGCAGAUACUUUGCCAAAAUAGUUAACAAUAAUAGAAUUUCAUUAAAUGUAU